ACACCAUGUAGUUUGACGUAUCACACAUCAGAAGGAUUUUGGCUAGAAACUUGUGUUUAUUUUCUUUAGCGGACACCCAGUUAUCCUUGGUUCUAUCGUUAUUCUUGACAGGUACACAGUUGGAUAUAUUAGUGGCUGUGUAAUACCGAAGAAAGUCUAAAACUUGUUACAAAACUGUCCCUUGGACGAUAAAUACACUAGCGUAGGGGCUAGUAACGUUAGUAGUUAGCCAAGUCUGUAGCUAAUUAGCUAGCUAGCAACAACAGGGAAAGAUGGGGUCGAUUCUUAGCCGGAGAAUCGCUGGCGUUGAGGAUAUUGAUAUCCAGGCGAAUUCUGCGUACAGAUUUCCACCGAAAUCGGGGAAUUACUUUGCCAGCCAUUUUUUCAUGGGAGGGGAGAAAUUUGACACUCCCCAUCCAGAGGGUUACCUAUUUGGAGAAAACCUGGAUCUGAACUUCCUUGGAAAUAGGCCUGUACAAUUUCCGUACGUGACCCCGGCACCCCAUGAGCCUGUGAAGACCCUGAGAAGUCUGGUCAAUAUCAGAAAGGACUCCCUGCGCUUGGUCAGGUACAAAGAUGACACGGAUGCUCCAGUAGAGGAAGGAGGGAAGCCAAAGGUUCUGUAUGGUGUGGAGUUCACAUUUGACGCUGAUGCUCGUGUGGCUAUCACCCUGUAUUGCCAAGCUUUUGAGGAAUUUACCAAUGGGAUGGCAAUGUACAACCCAAAGGGCCCAGCCCUGGUUUCUGAGACUGUACACUAUAAGAGGGGUGUGAGCCAACAUUUCUCCCUGCCUUCUUUCAAAAUCGAUUUCACCGACUGGAAGGAGGAGGAUCUGAACUUUGACCUGGACCGGGGUGUUUUCCCCAUGGUGAUCCAUGCUGUGGUGGAUGAAGGGGAUGAUUGCUUGGGACAUGCACAUGUGCUGCUGGCAGCCUUUGAGAGACAUGUGGAUGGCAGUUUCUCCGUCAAGCCUCUGAAGCAGAAGCAAAUUGUGGAUCGUGUCAGCUACCUGCUGCAGGAGAUCUAUGGAAUUGAAAACAAAAACAACCAAGAGACCAAGCCGUCGGAGGAUGAGAACAGUGACAACAGCAAUGAGUGUGUUGUUUGUCUGUCAGACCUCCGAGACACCAUCAUCCUGCCCUGCAGACACCUGUGUCUCUGCAACUCCUGUGCUGACACCCUGCGUUACCAGGCCAACAACUGUCCUAUCUGCAGACUGCCCUUCCGAGCCUUGCUGCAGAUCAGAGCUGUGAGGAAGAAGCCUGGGCCGCUGUCCCCUGUGUCUUUCAGCCCUGUACUGGCUCAGACCAUGGACCAUGAUGAGCACUCGAGCUCAGACUCGGUUCCCCCAGGCUUUGAGCCCAUCUCUCUGCUGGAGGCCCUGAACGGCCUGCACUCUGUGUCCCCCUCCAUCCCCCCCGCCCCCCUCUACGAUGAUAUUAACUUCUCUGGGAGCCUGGUAGGGGAGGGCCGGCCGCUGGGCUCCCCAGAACACUCCGGGGACGGGGGCCUGCAGAAGGGCAAAGUCAGCAAGUCACCUGACAGCACCCUGAGGUCGCCCUCAUCACCCAUCCAGGAGGAGGAUGAGGAGAAGCUGUCUGAGAUGUCGGACGCCCAGCCUCACACCCUGCUCUCCAGCAGCCCUGCUCCCACCGAGGCCACUGCAGCCGAGGAUGUACCAGAGUCCAUCUCCCCAGAUGAUGAGGACAGGCUGCACUCUGGAGGAGAGAGAGAGAUCCUUCAGGACUACAGCAGUGAACACAGCAGCCUGACUAAAACCGAGAGUGACCCGCCAGGGGACCUGUCUCUGCCAGCUCUAGGUCCUGAUGCCUGCUCUAUUGGUGUGGAGGAAUAAAUGUGGGUCAUCAGAGUCAACAGAGAGCCUGAAGAGUCAGAGUACCAACUGCUCCAGCCAGCCCCUCCUGUGUCCCCCCAGCAGCCUUCACAUGGAGGAUGAGCAACUUGACCCCUAACCUCUGGGCCCAACGGUUCUCCCUCUCUGGCUGAGUCCCCAUUCACUUUCUCGCAUGGAUUUAACAAUGGUGGAAACUCCCUCCAGUCAAUAAUUACACCAAUCCAAUGCUUUUAAAUUCAUGACCGGGAGUGUGAAAGUGCACAUUUAGCCUAAAGGAUAAAUAAUUGGCACUUAGCCACGGUCUCCUCCCAAGCCAAUGCCUCCCCCAUGAUCCAGUCCCCUUAGGCCUUGAAGGUAAAUAUUAAUGCUACAGCAUACAAUGAUCACCAAUUCAUGCCAUAGCUGGCAUUGAUUCAAAAUGUGUUUGUGGUGGUCAUUGCAAGGAUUUACGAAAACCAUACUAUACCUUUAACAAAAAACAACAAGUCCUUAAUUAGUUUUCUUUGCAUACAUACAUUUAGGAGUGUGUAAUUGUUUAUCCAUUCUGGAUGGGGUUGUGGUGCAGUGGCAGACGUUGCAUGAUUCCAGUGGUUGAGUAUGACUACCAUCAUAUGGUGGUACUAGAAGCACACUCACUUUCAGUUUACUCUAUUCAAAUUACUGCUUGACACUAAUUGUUUUUAGAGAGCAUUAAUACCAUUCAUGUUGUAUUCAUCUAAACUAAUAACUUUUUUAACUGUUAUUUCUUGGUGCUUGUAUGAUAUGAAACGUUUUUGAAAGCAAACUUUGAAACAUUUCAGUAGACAUUUUGACAUGAUUAAACAUGACAUAAUUUAAUGGUGUCAUUUUUAAAGGUUUUGAGGAUUCAUUCAUUUUUUUUCCUUUGAAAUGGUGAAUUCCCCUGUCAUAGCAAGUCAAAUUGAGGCAUUUCAUUUCAAGUUGUCUUCAACGGUAAAUAUCUGCAUUUGUUUGUUUUUAUACUGAAUUAUGUGCUAUCUUAUAUAUUGUACCUGUACUAGAAAAUUAUGUAGAUUAAUUAGCAAAAUUGUAUAUUUGUGUAUUAUAGAAGAAAAUCUGGGGAUUCAAAUAAGGAGGUUAGUAGUUACAGCUACAUGCACAGUAUCUCACAUUUAGCUGAUCGAUUUUUAGUGACAGAGUCCAGCUUUCCACCCUAACAGCUGAACACAAAGAUAGAUAGAUAGCCUGCAACAAGCCAAUACGCUAUGCUGACUGUAUAGCACAAACUGUGUUAUUUGUAGAUGUGGCAUAUUUCUGUAGUUAUAUUGUGGCUUGUCAUCCUGGCAUAGUCAUUGCCUUGCUCAAGUUCCAUGGCUUGCAGUAUCUGACUUCCCUGUAGAUGUAGCACCAUACAUAUAGAUAGAUCUAUGUGCCUUCAACUAAACAGAUAUGGCUGCUGCUUGUUGCAUUUUUGGUGUUCUUGUGAUGUUUCACAACCUGUUUCAGGAUAUACAGCUGUAUGAGCCUGUAGUCUAGGAGGUUUUUAUUCCCAUUGGCUGAUAUACAGAGCUGUAAAAGUAUGACAUUUCUUUGCAUUCUCAAUAGUUCGUUAAAUAUUUUUAAAGAAACCUAAUUGUUAUUAAAACCAACUGUUCAGCAAUUACAAUUAUGUUAAGUCCAUAUAUUGAUACAUAUGUAAUCUAAAAAUGAACUACAUUAUGAGUAGACUUGGUUGUUAUAUGGUCUGUAUUGUGUGUGUUCUAAUUUUUUUUUACCAGGAGGAAUAAACUAAAUGCUUCUUAA